CCAAAAUUUCUAUUACUGAAAUCUAGUUUCCUACCAGAAGAGGAAACCGAACAGGAAACGCAUAACGCAUUCCGACUGAGAGGAAAGCAAUUCCGAGAAACUACAUUCCCAGUCCUAAUUGCGCAGAAUGUCUUCGUCUCAGUUGCCACGGGCGCCCCCGCCGUAUUCCUCGGCGGUCGGAGGAUCGAACUUCGAAUCUUCUGCGUCACUGGAAGCUUCGCUGCUUCAACUUAUCCAUGAUCACAACCAAAUCUCAGUCAGACUCCGCGAACGCACCGAGAAAGCGAAGAAAGAUGCGGUCAGAUCGGCGACGCGCGUAUCCGACCUGCUGGUUGAUGCUGUGAACGGUGGCGUUCAAGAAUCCUUCGUUAACGAGAAGCGGAUCGAACUUGAAGUUCGCGCAUUAGCUGCUACGAUUGUACGGUUUGCGAAGCAGACCGACCAGUGGCUCGCGACUUCUCAUGCUUUAAACUCUGCUAUAAAGGAAAUUGGGGACUUUGAGAAUUGGAUGAAGACCAUGGAUUUUGAUUGUAGAAGCAUCAAUGCUGCUAUCCGCAACAUUCACCAAUCAUGAACUCAUGAAGCAGGUUCUUAGACAAUCACCAUGUAAUUUGUGAAAUUUAUCAUAUAAAAACAUUUGUUUUGCCAAAUGAUUUCUGUGAAUGGUCUUGAUCUGGAAGUCCCCCAUUAAUAUCACCGCCCUUAUGAAAAUUCCCGACUAAGAACACUUUUUUUCCUAGUUCAUGCAUUAUGUGUAAGGCCAAAGUUCGAUGCUAUCAUGCUGUUCACAACUAUAUUGACCAGAAGUAGUAUUCUUUUCUUUCCAUUUUUCUAUCUAAUCUUAAUUGGUGCCGGCUUAUCACUCAGAGACAGAGAAAGUGGCGUGGGGUGUGUGUGUUGUCAUGCCCAUCAUCCUUGUGUUCUUCUUCUUGAAAAUGAGAGCUGUGGGAUUUUAGUUUGGGAAGGCGAGAGAUCAGAAGGGGUAAAAGGGGAUUUUUGUUGUAGUUUUCUUUCCUCCUAACAAUCAAUCUCAACUUAGAGAUAUGAACUGUUCAAAUUAGAGGAAUGGAAAGUAGAGCAGUUAAAUUAGGUAACAGUACUCAACUAGAGGAGUUUUACUUCACCCAUCAUGAACUCGAUCACGUUAUGUCAUUCUACAAAGCCCGGUCAACUUUAAUUUUUUUAUCAUAUAUCUUCUUCAAGAAGGAUUGGACCUAUUAAUAACAUUUCAUAAGCUGUAGGCUCAGUUGAAAUAUUCUACUUACUGUCAUUAUUAUUAUUAUUAUUUUUAUUGAGUGCUUUGUUAAUAUGCAUAGAAGAAGUAUACUAAGGCAGCAAAAGAAGAGACUUCAUUGAUUUUUUGUUAUAAUUGUUAAUGCUACCCCUUGGGAUGACAUUGGUGCAAUUAUUUGAUUGUAUGCAGAGAUUAUAUUUUUUUUUCAUUGGCAAGGGCAGAAUCAGUUAAUUCGUCAUUUUAUAAACGAUUCAGUCCAAUAUCAGUAGAGUGCAGAAUGGAAUGAAACCUUUUCUAUUCUUUUAAUUUAGUCAAUGAGACUAAUCAACUCCCCCCCCAAAAAAAAACCUCCCCUGUAUUUCUAAUUUGAACUGGUCUUAUACAUAAGCAUGCCAUUUACCCUUGAUUUGGUCUACAUCAAUUAACCCCUAAGAUGAGAUUAACUAUAAUGUUAUCAUAGUAAUGCGAACAAGUACAGGUUUCUUCUGUUCCCUCAUUAUAUAUACACACAAUCUUGAAUUUCUGUGGCACUGGAUUUGUAACCACAAUGGCUGCUGCUCCACAAUCUUCCUUUGUAUUUUUACUGCUAGCUGCAGCUAUGGUGAUCCCCGCCUGUGCUCAGCUCACACCUGAUUUCUAUGAAGAAUCGUGCCCCAGUGCAUUGCCCACUGUGAAAAUGGUCGUGGAGAGGGCGAUCCAGAAUGAGCCACGCAUGGGAGCUUCACUGCUCCGCCUGCACUUCCAUGAUUGUUUUGUCAAUGUGAGUUUUGGUCCCAGUUUCUUGUAUAUUUGUUGCAUAGAAAAUGAACAGAUUUACAUAGAUCACAAGUAGUUAUUUAUUUUCUGCGUUCUUCAUUUGAUUGUGUAUUUCAUUAUUUGAACAGUGUGUGAAUUUAGUUCACCGAAUUUGAUCUUCUUCGUUGUACGCGAAUUAUCGAUACUUAUUCU